AUGGCGCCUCCCACCCCUGCCCGCGCCCGGCCCUCCUUGCUCGUCGCCGCCGCGGGCGCCGCGCUGGCCGCCAACGCCGCGUCCUCGGACACGCCCGGCUCGGGUUUCCGCGUGGUGGGCCGCGGCGGCUGCCGCACGACGUCCGGGGGAUCCGGCACCAACACCAUCGCGGACAACGCGACGACCGCCGCGGAAUGCCAGGAUUUCUGUGCGAAGGACCAGGCUUGUGUGGCCUUCGAGGUCAGAUACGCGGUCGAUGAGGCCACGUUCAACCCCGGCCUGCUGAUUGGCGGCUCAUGCGAGAUACACACGGAG